GGAUGGCCGAACGGAUCAGCCAUGACACCCAGCAUACAGUUACUUACGCCUUCCCAUCUUCGAGUGCCUCGAUUAUGCUUGAAGGCUUCCCGGUCGUGGAUUAUGCUUCAUCAAUCCUUCCACCAGGAGACCUCGCCCGUACGACUUCCCAAGAGUUUCAUUCCCUCUUGGAGGGUUCUAUCCGGUCACAUAUUGAGGGGCACGCCAAGACCAUCAGGGCACUCCACGCGGCCAAUCAUUCUCAGGCCAGGCUUCAGCGUGAGGCUGACGAAGCUAGGGCUGCCCUGUGGGCCAGCCAGAAAGCCUUCUCCGAGCUGCAGUCCUCGCGUACACAAGAAUAUGAAGAAGCGGCCAAAUAAGGAGCCAAGAAAGCGCUCUCCAAGUUCCAGGCCUCCGAGCAGUACCAGAAGAUCAUCUCUGCGAGGGUGCAAGCGGAACAGUCUGAACUAGUGCAUAGGUGGAUGAGGACCCCCGACGGAGAGUAUUGGCGCGCUCGCGAAGUCCUCUAUGCUUUUCAGAGUGGCAAGUAUUUGAUGCAGCAGAAGGUGUAUGGCCGAUUGCAGAAUCUCGACCUUGACUUUCACCCAUCCACACUUGGCCUUCCGGGUCGCAUGAAGAAACCCGUGGAAGCG